AUGUUCCCGCCUUGGGAGGCACGGGCUUCCCGGAGCGGGGCUGGCACCCGGGAGCAAGGCGGGGACCCGGCACUUUGGGGACAGCGAUGGACGCCCGCCGGGCCGGGUGCAGCCGAGACGGGGCCCCGAGGGGCACGGCCCCGGCGGCGGCGACGACCGGGGUUCCCUGACUACCCUCCCCGCGACCGCCGGGAGCCGGGGAUUCCCCAGACGCAGACCCUCCCGGGCAGCAGCCUGCCCGACCGCCCUCCUGGACCCGGCCGCGCCGGGACCCCCAAGCGGCCGACAGUGAAGCCGGGAGCUUCCAAGCGGCCGUGGGGCGGCCCAGAGCCGCGCCCGCCGCCGGCGCCCGCCCGCCAGCCCGCCCCGCGCCCACCCCGCGCCGCGUGGGCCGCCAGCGAGAGCCCCGGGCACCGCCGGGCGGAGCCGAGCCGGGCGGAGCCGAGCGAGCGGGCGCUGCAGAGCCGCGCGGAGGCCGGGCGCGCAGCCCAGCGCAGCCCAGCCCAGCCCAGCGCAGCGCAGCCCGGAGCCGCGGAGUCGCGGCCGCCCGCAGGUAAGCAGCGAGCGCCCGCGCCCCCCAUCCCGCCGCGGCCUGGCAGCCGGGAGCCGGGCACCGCCAAGCGCGUCAGCAGCCCAACCGGCCCGCAGCGGGGCCACCCUCGGGAGCGGAGCGGCGCCUGGCACAGCCUCACUCGGCCCCUGUGCCCAGAGCAGCCCCGCAGCCUGCCCCGCCUCUCGGGCCUCUCACUGCCGGACAAGGCGGGACAAGGCACCCCGGUGUGA